GCCUAUCUGAUGUCUUACGCUCCCGAUUACCUCAAAAACUUCAGCAGCAUACUGGAGUCGCAACGCGUGAUAGUUUGGCUUUCUUUUUUUUAAUAGCCAGAGCAAUUUUCUAAGCUAGAAUACAACUUCGCAGUUGACAUUUUGAACUUGCUACGUUGGUGAGACUACGUUUCACAAAUCAAGAGAAACUAUCUGAAGUACAACGUUCAUUUUGAGCAGACGCAUGCAUAAAAUGGAAGGUCUUCGCGUGGUGAUUGCUGGGCCCACAGGUUCAGGCAAGAGUGCAGCGGGAAAUGCCAUCUUUGGACGCAGUGUAUUCACUUCUGCUGCUGGUUCCUGCUCUGUCACCCAGGCGUGUGAAAGCGCCGAGGAGGAAGUGGAGGAUGUCGGGAAGCUCCUGAUCGUCGACACACCGAGUCCAUUGAGUCCGGGACAGAGGAGGCGAUGCCUCCAGCUGUGUGCUCCAGGCCCUCACGCGUUCCUGCUGACGCUACGUGUGGGCCGCUACGAUGAAGAAGACCGGAACCAGGUUGAGAGUCUGGAGAAAGUGUUUGGAGAAGCGAUGUAUAAUUACACCACAGUUCUUUUCACACACAGGGACAAUAUGGAGAUGACGGGGGAACGGUUGCAGGACCACAUCGAAAAUGCCAACCCCCACCUCAAAAGCCUGCUGGAGAAGUGUGGGCAGAGAUACCACGUAUUUGACAAUAGGAAAAAAGAUGACAGAAAACAAGUGAAAGAACUUGUGAAAAUAGUUGAUGAAAUGGUACAGGCUAACGGUGGUAAGCACUACGAGAGACCCCCAUCGCCCUAUGUGAAAAUCAUAUCAGUGUGUACCCUGUUCUCAUGUGCAGCUCUUCUGAGAUGCCUGUGGACAUACUGGAAUAAUGUAGAUGAUGUCAAGCCUGUCUGGUUUUCUGGAACUGUCUUUGGGAUAGGAAUUAUAUGGCUGGCGAGGCAAAGAUUAAAAUACUGACCUUAUCCCACGUAGCUUCAAAGGAGUAGAAUGUUAUAUAAUUGGAUUGAUUUGGACGAAUACAUCAAAAUACAUUUAAUAUAGUUCUGCAUGGAUAUUGUGACGGGGUGGUCAGAUGAUCAAAAACUCAAAAGGCAGAUAAUUAUCCAUUUAUUAUAUGAUCUAUAACCAACUAUUUCCAUUCUGAAGAAGGGACAACUGACCCUGUAUCAGCACUGCUACUCUGAGGUGUGUUACAGAUAUCGGCCUGAGUAUUUUGGAUCCAUCCAUCUUCAUGUAACUGAAUUCAGUCUGCUCCAGUAUUAACUUUAGGGAGCUCAAUCUGUUAUCGAAAUGUCGGGAUACAGAAUUACAGUUGUGGUUUAAAAAAAUAAGAGAAUUCGAGCAUGUAUAAAAAAAUUUUUUUAUAAUUGAUGUAAAAUGCUUUGUAAUGAAAACAAUGUUUUAAUACAGAGAUGCAGUGAUAUCUUAAAGGAAUGUAUAAUCAUGUUUGAUAUUGUCAAUAAAAUGCGUACAUAUAAAUGGUUGGCAUUUAUAUAGCGCCUUUAUCCAAA